AUGGAGUUCCCAUUCUCCGCCUCGAAGCUGCCAUUGCAGAUGUUCGUGAACAACGAAUACGUCGAUGUUGAAAACCCGCGAAAACUCACACUGUACAAUCCCAAAGAUGGCAGCCUGGUCAGCGACAAAGUGCCCGUAGCCGGCACCGAAGACGUGGAUCUCGCCGUCAAGUAUGCACAAGCGGCCUUCCCCGCCUGGCGAAAGGUCGCACCAGCAGAACGGACGAAGACGUUGCUGAAAUUCGCCGAUCUCCUGGAGGAAUACUACGAGAAAUUGGGCGAGCUGACGCGUCUGACGCUGGGAUCAACGCCUGCCUUCGCUCAGAUGGAAGCGAGUGUGGCGGCGCAGGGCCUGCGGUACAACGCGGGCUGGAUCGACAAGUUCGCUGGCCAGACGUAUCCUGAAGCCGACGGCUUUCUCAAGAUCAUCCGCAAUGAGCCCCUCGGUGUGACAGCGGGCAUCGUCCCCUGGAACGGCCCUCUCGUCACCAUCGGCCUCAAAGCCGCCCCGGCCCUGGCCACGGGAAACUGCUUCAUCUUCAAACCUUCGGAGAAGACGCCAUUUGCGGCUCUGGCUUUGGGCCCUCUGAUCAAAGAGGCGGGUUUCCCACCGGGAGUCUUCCAGGUGCUGCCCGGUGACGGAUCCACGGGUGCGCUGUUGUCUAGCCACAUGGACAUCCGCAAGAUCAGCUUUACGGGCAGUUGCGCGACGGGGAAGAAGAUCCUGGAGAUGGCUGCCAAGUCGAAUCUGAAACGGGUCACGCUGGAGCUGGGUGGGAAAUCGCCCGCGGUCAUCUUCGACGACUGCAACAUUCCCAACGCGGUCAAAUGGACUGUUGAUGCCAUCACGGCCGGAUCGGGACAGACGUGUUUCGCGGCUAGCCGGGUCUAUGUGCAAGAGGGAAUCUACCAAGAGUUCAUGACGGCAUAUGUACAAGCCAUGAAGGACAAGGCGAAGGUCAUGGGCGACCCUGAGGCGCCCGGGACGGAGUUGGGGCCCAUGGUAGACAGGGCACAAUACGAGCGUGUUAGUGGGUUCAUUCAGCGUGGUCAGAGCCAGGGGAAAUUAUUGGUUGGAGGACCACGUGUUGGAGACAAGGGCCUCUUCAUCGAACCCACCAUCUUCGCCGAAACAGACCCCAAAUCCGAGAUCCACACGCAAGAGAUCUUCGGCCCCGUCUCCGUCGUCCGGCGCUUCUCGACCGAAGAAGAGAUCAUGAAGCUCUCCAACGACACGAGUUUCGGCUUGAUGGCCGGUGUGUUCACGCAGGACAUCAAUCGCGCCAUGCGGAUCGCGGCCGAGUUUGAUUCGGGUAUGGUUGGGGUUAACUGUAUGAGCUUGUCUUUCUUGAACGCGCCGUUUGGUGGGACCAAGGAGAGUGGGAUCGGGAGGGAGUGUGGGUUGAGUGCGCUUUUGGCAUUUACUGAGACUAAAACUGUUAUGGUUAACUUGACUUAUUGA